AUGAAUUUCGUGAUUCCCAAACGUGAAAUUUUGACCAAAGAGGAUUUAGAAAAAUUUAAAGAGUCUCAAGCAUACUCAGAUUUCUUUUCAUUCAUUGAAAGGUUGAAUGAAUCCGUUAAGGGACAAAAACUUAGUACCGAAUGCGUACUUUCUCCAAUAUUAGUAAAAAUAUUAGAAAUUCUAGAUACAGUAAAUAAUUAUCGUAUAAAACUUCCUCCAGUAAAUAAUGAAAAGAGUCGAUUUGGAAAUCCUGCAUUUCGUGAUUUUUAUGAUCAAGUUGCUAAUAAAGCCGAAGAACUUCAUAAAAAUUUAUCAAUUCCAAAAGAAUCUAUACCAGAAAUUUCACGAUAUUUUAUAGAAAGUUGGGGAAAUCGAACAAGAAUUGAUUAUGGAACUGGACAUGAGGCUAAUUUUAUAGCAUGGUUAUUAUGCCUUGAAAAAUUAGGAAUAAUUGGAUCAAAUGAUUAUAUUUCUUUAGUAUUAAGAAUUUUUAAAAAUUAUUUAGAAGUAAUGAGAAAUCUUCAAUUAAAUUAUUGGCUUGAACCAGCGGGAUCUCAAGGAGUAUGGGGAUUAGAUGAUUACCAUUUUUUACCUUUUCUGUUUGGAUCCGCUCAAUUAAUAGGUCAUAAAUAUAUUCGACCUAAAUCAAUUCAUAAUAAAGAUGUGAUAGAAGAAUAUUCAAAAGAAUAUUUAUAUUUGGCUUGUAUUCAAUUUAUUAAUUCUAUUAAAACUGCUACUCUUAGUGUUAAAGAAUGGAAAAAAGUUAAUGAAGGAAUGCUUAAAAUGUAUAAGGCAGAGAAUGGAAGUUGUCAUGGAGAAGAAAAGAAUAAUGAUCAUGUACAUAUUCAUGCUUUUGGUCAAGAAUUUCCUGAUUGUUGUGGUAUAAAAAUUCCUAGUGCUAUAGGUGCAAAUCAAAUGGGUAUAAGAGAAGAAGCAACAACCACUUUUAUAGAUGUUCUUAGUGAAGACGAAAGGUUUAACAAACUAAUUCAAAACCUUCAACGGACACAACUUAUACCUUAUUUAAAUCAUUUACCAAGUGCGACUUUGUUUGCUCCGAUAAAUGAAGCAUUUGAAUAUGAACCUUUUAUCACCAAAGAACGUAUGCUCUAUCAUCUUUUAAAUUUAGAGCUCCGAGGUGAUGAAUUUUUUGACGGACAAUUAUUAACAACCCAUUUAGAGAUAGUUGAAAAACUUGGAAAAGGAGAAAUAGGACAAAAAUUAAAAGUCGAAAUUUCUGAUGGAAAAUAUGUUGGAAAUGCCAAGAUCAUUAAUACUGACUUGAUGGCUGAUAACGGUGUUAUUCAUGUGAUUGAUAAAGUGUUGAAAACUCCUCUUGAUGCUUUUGGGACAUUAACAUCAAUUGAUCAACUUCACAUUUUCGUAAAUUAUCUUCGUAAUACUAAAUUGGACCGCCAAAUAAAAUAUGGAAAUCAUAUAACUGUCUUUGCUGUUACGGAUGAUGCAAUUAAUCAUCAAUUUAAAAGUGUUGAGAGAGAAUAUUUAACUGGUGAAUGUGGUGGUGGAAUUAAUGAUGCAACAAUUCUUAUUAAACAUCAAUUACAUUUUGAUAAAGUUCUUUACUCAUCUUCAGUGGAAGAGGGUACAACUGAACUGGAAACAGAACAAGGAGAACCUUUAAUUAUCAAUCGGGAUGAACACGGAAAUAUUCGUGUUUCCAAUGGACUUGUUACCUUAAAAGAUAUGUUGGCAGAAAAUGGUGUUAUUCAUGUUGUGAAUAAUAUUUCUAUUCCUCAAGCAUUAUUUUUCAAUGUACACAAAUAUUUAUGUGGAAUGAGAGCUACUAAAAUUGUAUCAGGAUUUAUGAAAUAUAAAUUAGAUAAAUAUAUAGAAGAUAGGAAUGCUUCAUAUACGAUAUUUGCUCCUCGAGAUGAUUUAUAUGAUGAAAAUGCUCGUACGGAAGUUUUAAAAUAUCAUAUUGUAAAAGGGAAAUAUAAUGUUAAAGAUCUCAAAAAUCAUAUGUUUAUUAAGACUGAAUUGAGAACUGAAGAAUUAAAAAAUCAUAGACAAAGAUCGGAAGUAGCGAUUUUACCUAAUUUUGUUAAAGAAAAUGAUUCAAUUAGUAGAACUGAAAUUCUAAUUAAUGAUGCAAGCGUUAUUGGCGAUCCUGUUGAGAUUGGAAAUUCAAUUAUUUAUCUGAUAUCAAAAACGCUCUCUCCACCAAGUGACGUCAUGUCAUACGCUAUACGUAACAGGCAACUUAAUGCAUUUGUUAGUGCAAUAUUUGCAAGUGACAUGCAAACCGAAGUUCAGAAUGCCAAUUGGGUAACUAUUUUUGCUCCAACUAAUUCGGCAUUUACAAAAAUUGGACUUAUAACAAGUUAUCUUUUACAUCCUGAUGGUAAAGAAGAUUUGAGAAGUGUAGUAGAAUAUCAUAUGCUUAAUGAAACUAUAUUAACCGAAGAUAUUCCUCAGGGUGAAUCUAAAUAUAGUACAAUUGAUGGUAAUCCAUUAAGUAUUAUACGUGAUGGUGAAAAAAUAAAUGUUGAAAUUGCUAAUGGAACUUCAACAAUUGUUCAACCUGAUAUACUUACGUCAUCAGGAGUUUUACAUAUAGUUGAUUCUGUACAACUUCCACCAAGUUUACAUAUUACUUUAGAUAAAAUUCUUAAAGGAAUUGGUGCUACUACUAUGUUAAAAAUUUUAAAGAUAGCCAAUCUUUCAGAAAUUCUUAAAGAUCCUUCUGAACCAUUUAUUAUUAUUUCUCCUACUGAUAAUGCAUUUAGGGAAAUAAUAAUUAAAAGAAAUAUUUCAUUAGAUGAACCUGAUGAAGUUUCACGAUUAGUUAAAUUACAUGUUAUUCCUGGAACAAGUCCUGAACUUUCUGAUGGAAAAGAAUUUCCUACAUUAUUAUCUAAUGAAGCUAAAUUAAUAAUAAGAAAAGAUAUUUUACAUGGAGUAUAUAAAAUAGAAGUUAAAGGUGAAUUUAAUUUAUUUGGUAAAGCUAAAAUAACUGGUAUUGGAAAAACCUGGAAUGGAGGAGCGGUUUAUGAAGUUGAUAAAGUUUUAUUACCUAGACAUCAAGUAUCUCAAAUUGGAAGUGCAUUCUUUGGAAUUACGAUCGGAAUAUUAAUUGCUACCUUUAUUAGUAUGGGAGGUGGACUUGGUUUACAUCAUUAUCAAAGAUAUCGAAGAAGAGUAGGAUAUCAACCAAUUUCAUAA